UUCCUCAUUAUCAUACCCCGGACAUAUGUCAGUUCUAGGGGGAGGAAGUGAACGGCCACUAACAGCUGAUGUGUUUCCAUCCUGGACGCGCUUGGCUGCAACUUUCUGUUGACUUUCUGCCUGGUUGCAAAGACCGCUUAGGGGGGGAAAACUAAAGUGACACAGUGCUUUGGUUUGUCCAUGAUUUUUUUUUAAUAACGAGAACGUCACGUCAGAUGGUCAGAGAGUGACCAAGGAGGAAGCGUAAGGAUGGACCCUGAAAGUCCCGUGUCCCGCAUGGAGAGAACUUUGUGGACAGUCUGGUACUACAUAACUGGAGCUGUAAACAGAUUCAUCAGGCCACAGCCCGCUGACACUGUCAACAAUGACCCAAACACAAAUCAGGAAUCUGCAGCUGAAAUCAAGCACCCUCCCUCUGACUCAACAGAGGGUGACAGUAGCAGAGAAGGUGUCGAGGAGGAGCAGCUUGUCGCAACAUCCUCUCUGCUGAGCUCGUCUCGCCCCGUUGUCGAAUGGGAACUUUGCACCACAGAAAUCGACUUAGGGGUUGAUGAAGAAAACAUGCAGUACAAAACCCAGCUGAGAAAAGUUGACGAGAGCAAAGAGGAUGGUGAGGGCAAGAGAGAGGAACAGCGUGACAAGACAGGAAAUGAUCAUUCAAAUGAUUCAAGAGCAAAAGAAGAUGAACGACACACGAUGGAGAUCGAAAAAAUGCCCACUUGUGCAAGACUUGCAGGGCCUGGAAAUGAUGAACAUGAACAUGCCGCUUCUGGACCACAAAAUUUGUCCGAGGUUGCAACAUGCCAAGAAACAACUGAGGAGGAAACUGAUGCUGAGAAUGCAACAGUGAGAUUAGGGUUGCCCGGUGAUCAUCCAACAAAGGAGGAAAAAAUAAAAGAAACCCAAGUAAAAGGAGAAAAGGAUCAAACCCAUAAUAAAGAGAAGGAAGACCUUGAAGAAGAAGACACUUUGAGAAAAGAAGAAAAUGAUGAUAAACUGCACAGUGAAGAUGAGCGAGAGUUAAAAGCAGAAAACACUGAGGUAAAAGCAUGCAUAGCUGCAGGUAUAAGUCCAGAUGAUAUGGAUCACAUGCAGAAAGGAAAGGGAGAGGUAAAGGAGCAUGAUGCAGUGUUAUUGGAUGAUCAUUCGGGAAGGGAGGAACUUGUUAAAGAAACCCGGCUGAAGGAAGAAAAUGCUAAAGCAGAUCAUGAAAAGGAAGAAGAUUCAGAAGCAGAAGCCACUGAAGUAAGAGAGGAAUAUAACAAUAUGCACUGUGAUGAUGACAAUUUGGUAGCAGAAAAGAACGCGUUCAAAGUAUGCAUGACAAAAAGUCCAAAAGAGGAGGAUUACGUGCACGAAGGGGAAGGAGAAGUACAAAAGAUUGAUACGGUGACACCAGAUCAUCAUCCAAGAGAGGACCAAAUUAUCAAAGACACCCAAAUAAAUGAAGAAGAUGAUACACUUCAUCAUGAAGAAGAGCGAGAUUUAGAAGCAGACCCAGAGAUAAACGUGUAUCGAAGUAUCAAAGAUAUAAGUCCAGAAGAUCAGGCUCAUACGUACGAAGGAGAGGCAGAGAUACAGAAGAAUGAUGCAGUGACACUGGAUGAUCAUCCAAAAGAGGAUAAAAUUACUGAAGAAACUCAAUUAGAAGAAGAAGAUGAUAAAAUCCAGCAUGAAGAUGAACAAGAUUUGGAAGCAGAAGACACUGAAGUACCAGAAGAAGAUGAAAAAACAGACUAUGAAGAUGAACAGCAGUUAGGAGCAGAGGGCACUGAGGUCCAACUGUGCAUAACUACAGAUAUAAGUCCAGUACUGGAUGAUCACAAGCAGGAAACAGAGGCUGAGUUACAGAAAACUGAUACAGCGACACUGGAUGAACAUCCAAGAGAGGAUGAAAGCAAAGAAACUCAAUUAGAGGAAGAUCAUCCAAUAGAAGAUGAAAUGUUCAAAGAAGACAACUUAAAGGAAGAAGAUGAAAAAACAGAUCAUGCAGAUUUGGAAGCAGAAGACACUGAGAUAAAAGUGUGCAUUAGCACAAGUUUAAGUCCCGAUGAUGAUGAUAACCAUCGCCUGCAGGAAAUAGAGUCUGAAGAACAGCAGAAUGAUGCAGUGACACUGGAUGAACAUCCAAGAGAGGAUGAAAUUACUAAAGAAACCCAGUUAGAGGAAGAAGAUGAUAAAAUGCAGCAUGAAGAUGAACAAGAUUUAGAAGUAGAAGACACUGAAGUACCAGAAGAAGAUGAUAAAACAGACUAUGAAGAUGAACAGCAGUUAGGAGCAGAGGGCACUGAGGUCCAACUGUGCAUAACUACAGAUAUAAGUCCAGUACUGGAUGAUCACAAGCAGGAAACAGAGGCUGAGUUACAGAAAACUGAUACAGCGACACUGGAUGAACAUCCAAGAGAGGAUGAAAGCAAAGAAACUCAAUUAGAGGAAGAAGAUGAUAAACUGCAGCAUGAAGAUGAACAAGAUUUAGAGCCAGAAACUGUUGAGGCAGCAGAGGACAAUGAUAAAACCGACACUGAGGUGAAAGUGUGCAUAGGUACAGAUGUAAGUCCAGAAGAGGAGGCAGAGGUACAGAAAAAUGAUGUAAUGACACUGGAAGAUCAUCCAAUGACAGAUAACAUUAAAGAAACUGAGUUAAAGGAAGAAGAUGAUAAAAUGCAGCAUGAAGAUGAUCAAGGUUUAGAAUCAGAAGCCUGUGAUAUUAUGCUACAACUGGACUCUCAAAAUGUAAUCAAGUCAGAGGAGAAAACAAGUCAAGCUGAAAAUCAGCUCUCAGCUUUUGGAGACCAGCCAGAUACAUCAGUGGUUAUGCUCACUGUUAUCACAAAAUCUUAUGCAAUGACUCAUAGCAGUGAAAAUGAUGAAGGUGAGAAAGAGAAGUGGGUUGAGACAGAGCGGCCUGCCGUCAACGAGACAACAGAAGUGCCAGAUCUGGACGAGAACAUCGGAACAGAAGCAGAAGACACUGAAGGAGAAAAUCUUUUAACUGAAUAUGAUUUAUCCGGUAAAGAAGCUGCACUGAAGACUGCUUCACAGCUGCACACAGCUGGAUUCACAGAUGAAUACGAGGAGGAUAUGAGAGUCCCAGGAGUGCAGACCAAAACUAGGCAGACCGGUGUGACAGUAACAGAUAUUUCAGAAGAGAGACUCAUUGAUCAAGACCAAGAAAAAGAGGAGAGCGUCUCCAGUGAAUCCUACACCGGAGAAUUUUACAACGAAAUUAUAGAUUCAAGCACCUCAGUUACAGUAAAGCCCAAAGGCGAAACGACGCAGGAAACAGACGAAGAAUUUAAAAACACUCUCCCGGGGAUCAGUGAAGGCCAGUGUGCCGUGCUGCAGGAACUAAAUACUCCAACGUGUGAGGAAAUUCAAGAGGGAGUUUCCAAAUAUAACAAUGAGCUUCGGAGGGCCGAUGAAAAUACAACACAAAGGUUCCUGGAAGCAGGAGAUUGUGAGGAAAUCCCGGCAACUCAAUUACCAGAAGAGGUGGAGAGCGGAGAUCAGGAGAGCCUUGAAAACAGUGACUGCAGGACUGGAGCUGACCAUUUACCGCUGAAGGAGUCCAUGGAAGACAAACAAGAAAGCAAAGAAGAGACUGAGACGAGCUUUGGUUUGUUUGUGGAGGAGCACGAAGGAACACCGGACCUUGAACUAGAGGCAGAGAGCAAGCUUGUUGAAGGAGUAAUUCAAGAAUCGGGACUUGACAAAGAAGAAGGAAAAUUACUGACAAGUUCAAUGAAGACAGAGGUGACUGGAACACAUGUUGGUGUAGUGGACGAGACUGAAAGGAGAUCAGAAGGGCUGCAUGAUGGUGGCAGAGGAUCUACAGGAGGUGAAACAAGAGAAGCGGUUGCAGCAGAAGUGGUUGGAUUCGUCAUUCAGGAGUCAGUAGCAGCCAUAAAGUUGGAUCAAAGCAUCAGCAGACCGUUAAGUUUACAAGAAGACACGAGUGAAUAUGGGUUUGUGAGACACUUAGCUGAAACUGAGCCUAUAUCCAUUGAUGAUACCUCUGUUGAAAUGCAAGAUAAAGCCAUUGAAAAAGAAGGAAGGGGUUGUGAAGAUGAAGAGGAGGAAGCAGAAAAUGGAAUCCAGACCUUAAAUGAAAUGGAUUUACAGAUAACUAAAGAAACUGCAGGUGAGCUAAUCACAGAAAGAGGAGACAAAGAGAUUCCUCUGAAUGCAGAAUUGGAAAUAUCUCAACACUCUGAGACUCAGGAGAUAAACAAUCAGUCGCCACACAGAGCACUUGAGAUAAGUGAGACACAAAUAAUAGUAGCUGAAACAGCUGACGAGCCCAGACCAGAGGAUUUGCCAGUGACGUCAUCAGAGGAAAAAGGCGGUUCAGUCAGUGGACAUCAAGACGUAAUUGAUGAAGAAAUCCUUGACUUGUGGAUUGAGGCGGUGAUGUCAGAGGACACUGAUGAGAUUAGACAAGAAGAGCCCAAGCCAGGGCAGCUAUUGGACGCCAAAACAGACACUUUAAAUGAGGGUGAAAUAUCAACAGAGAAUGAGAAAGUGUCACUAGCAGAGGCCAUUUGUAGGGAAUCUGAGGCAGUAAGUGACACAGAAAAGUCUUCAUCAACUGUGGAGUCUGGAUUUUUGAACCAGUUUCUCAGUGAAUCGUGUAUUCAGAGUAGUGAGACUCAGCUGCUGAAAUCAACGAGCACUGACUCACUCCAGGGGAUCCAUGAGCUGGUGGCUAGCGUGUCCACAGACAUCUUUGGAGUUAUCGCACAGCCUCAAACUCAGGACUUACUGACAGAGGAAUCAGCCGAGACAGAGAAAGAAUCGGUCGCUGAUAUAGAAGCUCAAUCACAUCUGAACCAGGAAUCUCAAGAAAAAGCAGAAGAAAGAGCUGAAACAUUAGAGACUGAAAGUGGAUCACAGAAAGCGUAUGAGGAUGUUGAAGAAGCAGAUGUAACAACAAUGACAACACAGAGCUCUCCUUCGCAUGACAAGAAGGUGGAAGCUGAGGAGGAGCAUCUUGAGGUAACCGCGUCUGAUUCUUCAGAUGACCUCAAACCCGCUGAGUCUGAAGAAUCUGAAAGCGACUCACAAAGUGAACCUGAGAAGGACACACUGAAUAGACCACAGCCUGCACAUUCAUCCUUAUUUCCUGUGCUAAACGAGGCCCAGGUAGCCGAAGAGCCAACAAUCGAAUAUGAGAAUAAGGUGGAUGGCCCUGUGCUGGACUUUGCUGUGCAAAGGUCACGAAUUGCUGUUAAGAACCCUCGUGUAAGGCCACCUAAAAAUCCCCGCUCCCUGCUCCAUAUGCCCUCGGAGGAACCCACACCCACACCUACACCAUCUUCACGUUUGCCGGUCAAACUCCCUGGAGGUGUGCCUUUAGGAGGCAUAGGUAUUGGAAUAAAACUCCCUGGGCUCGGUGCUGGAUUUCCUGUUUUAAAAAAGACACAGCGGGCAGUGAAAGACGAAAAUACCCAGGAAACAGUGUCACAGGAACCUGAAACAAAGCCAGAGGAGAAGAACGACGCUCCCCCACAGGAGGAGGAGGAGGCACCGAAGAAGCCUAAAUGGAUGCCACCAAAACAUCCCGGAGGAUUUGGAAAUCCCCUGAUGGCAGAGCUAAAGACCAAACUGAAGAAAACACCAAAGGAGUGAGAAGCUCAAUGGCUGCGUGCAAAUACCUGAAUGUAAUAUACAUAUGGUUUUAAUUUUGUGUACUGAGAAACUGUUCUUUAUGUCCCCUACUUGUUCAAUGUAAUUUGUAAAAUAAAGAUAAACUUUCUUGCAUGAAAA